AUUUGUAGGAAUUUUCUUCAAUAAAUUAGGCAAUCAGAUUCCGAUGCUAUAAUACUGCCUACCCUUUUGAGUUAGGAACUAUAAUACUCUGUAAAAGGGUGUUUUGGGCUUCGGAGCAAGUUAUUAUCGGUAGCCUACUACUGCUCGAAUCGAAUCGGUUCCUCUCGUCCAUCCAUAGACUACUUCCGGUGGGCGCGACAGAUCUCGGGGUGGCUUCCUCAUUCCUUGUGGCAGCACUUCUCGUCAUCUUCACUCCUCGGCCUAGAUAUGUUUCUUAGACAUUUAAAGGCUCACCAGUCUCUGGGAAGAUGCUUCAUCAGUAGCAAUAGCCAUGAUCUUGCAAUUGCAGAGCUAAACAAGGAACUGGAGUCAAUCUUUGGCGAACCUCCUUCAUCCAGUGCCUUAAGUUCAAAUGCUUCUCAAGUGUCCCAUUUUACUUCCCCUAGUUCAGAAGAUAAGCCAACAAACCUGACUCAUGUUGAUGGUAGUGGACACGCCAAGAUGGUAGAUGUGUCCUCUAAAGUAGAGAGCAAAAGAGCUGCAAUUGCGAGUUGCAGAGUUCUUCUAGGCCAAAAAGUAUAUAACUUGGUUGCAUCAAACCAGAUAGCAAAAGGAGAUGUCUUGACCGUGGCAAAAAUCUCUGGAAUUAAUGGAGCUAAGCAGACCGGCAAUCUCAUCCCUUUAUGUCACAACAUUGGGCUCACACAUGUUCGUGUUGAUCUAACCCUCAAUGAGAAAGAUUACAGUGUAGAGAUUGAAGGGGAAGCUGUGGCAACAGGGAAGACAGGAGUCGAGAUGGAAGCAAUGACUGCCGUCACCAUCGCUGGACUUACAGUGUAUGACAUGUGCAAAGCUGCUUCUAAGGACAUUUGCAUUACGGACGUUCGCCUUGAGCACAAGACUGGAGGUAAGAGUGGCCACUGGUCCAGAAAAGAAUGAUUCAUCUUUUACGCAUCACUUUCUACAAGCAUUUGAAGGAUGAAGAUGCCGACUUUUUUAUGCAUAAAUUAUUAGAAGCCAGCGGAAAGGAAGAAAUCUGUAAAUUGGUACCUAUGUUUUUGUCGAAGGAAGGAUAUUGGUGUCUUUGGAAUCAUUUCUUUUUGCCUUUAAAUUAUAAGUUCCGAUGCCAAGUUCUUGAGAA